AUUCACCCCUUUUCCCGCUCUCACUGAUGAGCACGCUCGCUAACCACCGUCCCGUCCAUGGCCAUAUCACGCACAUGUCCAUCAAUAAUAUGUCUAUGACGCCCAAUGGUCAAGCCCAGAGCGACCCAGCCUUCCCAAUGCCACGGUUUCAGUCGAGUGCAUGGCGGUCGUACUGGUCCCACCGCAAAGACGAAGGGGAUUCACUAAUUAACUGCCCGGACUUGUUGUCUGCGGCUGAAGAGCUGUUGGAAAUUCCUGGGUUCUGCAGCUCAUCGUCUGCAAAAGUCCCCAAGGAACUGUGUGAUAGGAAUGGCGACAUUUGCUCAUACCGGCAUUUGCAGAAACUGCAAAACAGAGGCUGGGCAGAUACCAUAGUGAAGAGCCUACCAGAUAGCAUUGACGAAUGCAGUAAUGACCAGGUUAUGCAAAAGCUCGACCAUGCGCUCCUUGUCGACCCAGAGUGCAUAGCAGCGCUCAAAAUGCGGGCUGUGCUGCUAAUCCGUACAAAUCAUAUGUUGAGGGCCCGCCAAGACGCAGACAAGCUUGCUGUUGUUGUUCAUGCUGCCAGACCCGCUGAUGCUGCUCUACUUGACUUCGUUGACAGUCUGUAUGAGCAGCUAGAUGCCCAUGACAGGUUGUCAAGACGCGAGAAAUCUAGCCAUAUGCACUCACGCAGACGCCAUUCAAGGUCACCACGUACAGAUCGGCCCAGUAAUCACUCACAUUCACGCUCGCGGUCCAGGCCCAGAAGGCACAGAGGCGACCGUGAUCGACGGCAUCAUCACCGUCAUCACCAUCACCGUCAUCAGAGAGCUAGUGGGCAUCGCCGGGAUUCAGACGGCUAUCGGCGGGAAAGGCACCGACAGCCUUGACCAAGUGCCCAUUAGAAAGGCUCAAACAGCCGAAUACAAUAAUAUAUGGCCGGCUUCUACCUUCAUCGGCCAACAGCUCCAGGCUACCCUUGCAUGUGUCAUUCUUGGC